GCUCACCACGAGCAUAUUUUGGUGCUGCACUCUCGGAGUCACAAACAGCUACGGCGGCAUGACUCUCUCGCUGAAUCCACAGCUGUCCGUGGGGACCGAUAAUUUCCCCUGAAAAUAAAGUCCUCAUUUUACUGUGAGUGUAAAUCAUGCUCAUGAAAGCUCGUGUCGUUAUAAAAAUGUGCGGCUGCACAUCAGCUUGACAGGCUAACAGCUGAAGCUAACCCAUUCAACAUAUGGGACUCGAGUAGACUUAAUUCUUUGUAGCACAAGUGUUUAUUGCUCUACUUUUCUUCGUAAGUUGGAGGCCAGACCUUGGUAAAACACUGCUGCUUGUCAUUAUAAUACAUACCGCUGUUUGGUUACCGUUAUAAAAAAAAAAAUGGAGUCGUUAACUACAAAUACUGACGUGCGACUAACGGUGACCCGGUGUUUCCGCACACUCAAGUCAUCCACGGACAGCUCAGACAUCAUUACGGCUCUUCGGACACUCCAUUCCUACUUGGAUGAAGGACCGGAGAGCACAGCCACCUCAGCUGAGCGUGCAGAGUUCAGGAAAACUUACUACUCUUCCGCUCUGCAGCUGCUGGUCAGCAACAUUCAGGCUGACUGGUUACACCAGCUGACAGCAGCCCAGCGCACAGAGCUGUGGGACGGCCUCUUCCUCGCAGGACCUCCAGAGCAGGCGCUCCUGGUGCUGAUGGAUGCAAUAGGAGAGCUUAGACCCACCUCAAAUCUGGACCAUGUGGUCAACAUCACUGAGAAGUUCCUUCAGCGUCGUCGUCUGGCUGAGCUGCUCUGGUCCUACUGCCUGGAGGCAGCGCCCUCUGACUCGCCGCAGCUCAGAGAGACGCUCCUGGGGCGUAUUAGCGCUUUGCCAGACAUUACCGCCAACAAGCUACAGCUAAACAACAGAGCUCUUUUCCUUCCUCAGCAGUACUACCCACUGCUGGCCACAGAAAUGCUCACCGCCCUGGAGCGCACCUGCCAGGCACUCAGAGCUGGAACGGACUGUUCUUUGACUUUUGUGGCUCAAACACUUGGGAAAGUGUGUAUCCAGGGGCACAGCGGUUCGGUCCUGGCUGUGAUGGCUCCUCGUCUGUCCGCGUGCACGCGCUCAGACAUGGUGUGGCAGAGGGUUUGCUGGAAGCUGCUGGAAAAUGUUCCCCAGCGAUGGAUGGAGAGUGUGCUCACUGGGCUGGUGCAGGCUGUUAGUGGGCCGGACGCACUGGGGAGGAUCAUCGGAAACCUGGUGCUGACAAAUAAAAAGGCUCAGUUUGUCAUCACUCAUAAACUUCUGUUACUGCAAUAUAAGUAUGAGACUCGGGUUCUGAGAAUUAUUCUGGGUUACCUCGCAGCAGACAGGGAUCGCAGACCUCUUCUUAUCCAGGUUUUACGGUCUGUGUCCCAAGCCUGGGCUAACUCCAGUGCAGUGAAACACACGCCUCUGGAGCAGCAGUUAUACGUCAGCAAAGCCCUCCUGCUGAGUGUCAGCCUGCUGAAAGACUCUGAGAUACAGGAGCUGCGCUCAGAGUUACUUCAGUGUAUGCUUGGCGGCAUGCAGACCCACCUUGACAGCAAUGUGGUGCGGAUCAGGCGUAUGGGGAUGGUGAUUGGAGAGUACCUGAGCUCCCGCAUGGAUAUCAAUGGAACCAAGCUUAAAUUUGAGUACGAUCAGGACGAAGAGACUCGUGAGCUGCUGUCUCUAUUGGCUCCCGGCGCCUGUGACGAACCAGAGGCUGAGCCGGUAAAUAGAGCUGACGGUCCUGAAGAGACCGCUGAAACAGCUGAGUCAGCUCAGAAUGCAUCGCAAACUACAUCAGGAGCUCAGGCAUUAAAAACGGAUCCAGACUCUGAUCUCGACAGUGACGAUGAGCUCACUCCAUACGAUAUGUCUGGAGAUCAGGAGAUCAGUAAGGCGUCCCCGCCUCGCUACCUACGAGACUGCCUGGAAAUUUUAAUAUCCUCUGAGGACCCAGAGCGCGUGGAGCUCGCUUUGCAAGCUGCUGAGAGUUUGGUGCGGAAGAACAGUUUUGCAGCCAGAGAGAUCAGUGUCCAGAUGUCCAAAGUCCUCCUUCAUAUGGACGACAAAUACAACAUUAAUGGCUUCCUGUACCUCAGGCAGGCGACGAUGGUGGCUCUCACUGUCGCUGACUGUAUUCCUGUGACUCACUAUUUAACCACAGAGUUUUACUCCUUGAACUACAGUCUGCGCCAGAGGCUUGAUAUCUUGGAGGUUCUUGCCUUAGCAGCUCAGGAGCUCUCUAAACCAGUCACUGAAAAGAAAGCUGCGUCCAUAAGCUCUGCUACCACAGCUGAGUCGACUCCAUACCCCGGUGACAACCCUGUUCACUGGCGAAAUGUGGUAGAAAAGCGAAUCCAAAGCAAGACAAAACGCCUCACUAAGAAAGCCGCCCAACCUGUUACUAAGGCAACACCAAACCGCUACGCCCCUGUUGCCGGGCACUUCUUUUUCCCUCUGCUUAAAAACUAUGACAAGCCUCAGGUGACCUUUGACCUGUUGGGCAGUGACCACCUGGUACUGGGCAGGCUGAUCCACACUUUGGGCCUCUUUAUGCAUCUGGCAGUCAACGCACCGAUAGCCGCACAGAUGGGCUGUGCUUUGCUGGACUUUGUGUGGGCAGUGCGGUACCAUGCUGACCAGAUGGUGAGACGAGGCGUCCUCUUCGCUGUUUGCUCUGUGUUUCUGAGCAUGCCCAGUCAGAACCUGCUGGUGGACAUCAGUGAUCAGCUGUUUGAGACCAGGUCUUGGCUGGCAGAUGUUGCUGAAGGAGACCCGGAUGCAGAUUGCAGGAGUCUGGCGGUGCAGAGCCUGGUGCUGCUGGAUAAGAGCCUGAAGAAGCAGCUACAGGAUCCACAAGCGCCUACUGUGGAGACGUGACCCAACGUCAGAAAGCACAAUGACAUUCUGGGUGUGUGAAUACCCACACAUGAAGAGAAAUGCGUCUUUAAUGUAGAUAUGGAUAUUUGGUGGCCCAAGGGGUCAGCCUGGGGGAAAUGGCUGAUCCUAAUGUUCCAGUGGAUGUUAAAGGAUGUUCCUUCAGCUCAGGCAUGAAUCCUACUUACUGCAGGUGCUGCUUUUUUAAAAAUAUCCUGCAGCAUAGUGCCAGCCAGAGAGCUGAAGAAGGAAACAUCUUCUCACACGUGCACUAAUGGCACAUACACAGGUUUGUGUAUUCAGUGUUUGAUUUACAAACCAAAUGAAAUAUUAGAUUGAAGAUGAAGUUUUCCUUAAAUAAAAAAAAUGUUUAAAAUGUAUUAAAAUAUUUUGUUAUGAGGA